GCUCGGGCCAGAAUUAUUGCUUUCAUCAGAGACCUUGGUUUUGAGCUGCCUAUACUGUCUGAAGCCUUUUAGAAACAGCACAGAAUGGAGAGUUGUACCUUUCCAAAAUACAGUAAUAAUGACAUUGUUCUACAUCUCCGCAACUCCUUGCUAACAGGAAGUGAGGCCAAGACCUUUUCCAAAAGUGACUUAUUUCCAAACGUCAAGCCUGAAGUCCUGCAAGUGAUCUUCAUGAGAGCCUUGCAAAUCGUCUAUGGAAUCCGCCUGGAACACUUUUACAUGAUGCCGGUUGCCUUUGAAACGGCGUAUCCCCAGAUUUAUGAAGGCUUCCUACCCAUUGGCAGUCUAUAUAUUCACAUGGAACAGUUUUUCCCGAUCUGCCGUGUCAAUGACUUCCAGAUUGCUGAUCUCAUAAAUCCAAAGCCCAAGAGGACAGCUCAUUUCCUGAGUGGCAUUAUUAACUUCCUUCUAUUCCGUGAUUCCCGGCGUGAGGUCUACCUGGAAACCCAGGACACACACAAAUUGGCUGUGGAAAAAGUGCAGCAGCUUCAGAUGUCAAUCCAGAAGGCCAUGCUGAAGCUGGAGAAACUCGACACUAUCCCUGCUGAUCAACAAGAGGAGUUCAAGGAGCUGUCUCAAGACAUUCAACAGCUGGAGCACAAGCUCAACCAGGAAUAUCGGCAGAAAGCGAGUGCUUUGCAAGAAGUGAUCAGCCAAAAGAGAAUGAAAACUACAGAAAAAACCCAAAACCUGAAUGAGCUCAAACGCACCCUAUGUGAGCUGAAAGCGGAGCAAGAGCAACUGAAGUCAAAGAUCACGGAGUCUCCGGAGGAGCUGACCAGUUGCAAAGAACGCUUGAAGGAGGCCCUCCUGAAGGCCAAGAAGGACAAGGAAGAAGUUAUCCAGAAGUACGAAGUCUACAGAGACCUGGUUGAGAUGCUGCCGGCCUGUCAGGCAGAGAUCCAAAUGUAUCAGGAGAAAAUGCGAACCCAGGCAGCAAAUAUCGAUCGGAAGUCAGCUGUCCUGGCAGAGAUCCGAGCCCUAGAGCACCAGUUUGAGAGCAGCAAAAGUGGACUCAGGAAUUCCAAGACGGAAGAGAUGUCCUUGAAGAGGCUGGUUACUACAAAACGGGAAAAGCUCACUACUACCGAAAUCAAAACAAAGAAGAUACGUGAGGAUACAGAGCAGCGCAAGCAGGCAAUAAUAGAGUAUUGUAACAAGUUUCAGGAGAAAAGAGGAGCUGUUUGUGAAAAGCUGACCUCUGUUCACACAGAAAUCAAGCAACUCAAAGCAGCCAUUCAGCAGCUGCACGACAACGUUGGAAGGGAGCAAUCAAAAGUACAGGAGAUCUAUCUUAACGUGAGGGUUGGCUUGGAGAAGUACCAUGAAAACCUCGCGAAAAUAGUGGACAGCCACACAUCUGCAAGAGAAGGCAAAAUUCUGGAGCUGGAGACCUUGACCACAUCAUUCCACCCUUGAUCUUCAUACUCUUACAAUGUUUAUUUUCUCACUGUAGGAAACAAUGUUAAGAGUAGUUUUCCCAUGGCAUUCGUGGUGGGGCGGGUUGACCCCCCUUUUAGUGCUGAGUCGUCUAGCACUGAUCAGUCCUGCUGGGUGGAGAAUGUGCAUCCCUGCUUCAUUUUAUUUUGUCAGCCAGUUCUUCUUGCUUAAAUUUGUGGCACAGCCUGUUGGCUGCAACAAGUUCUAGAACUUGCACGGAAGCAGGAAAAAAAGAGGGGGGCAGAGUGGAACCGGAGGGCGUCCUGAUUAAACGUCUCUAUGAAGUGGCCACCCUGAGGCAAACAGCCAGCAUGGAAGCUUCAGUCACUGCCACAGGCCUGCCGGGAGGUGUUGUUGCAGCUUAAUAGGACCAUGUUGUCUGUUGUGGGAAGACCAUGAAUGUCUCCGCCUAAUAUGCUUCUGAUGCACCAUUCUUGCCCCGCAUUUAUGUCUUGAGUGCCAGGUAACACCUGAGCAGAAGUUUUUUGAGAUACAUUAACAUGGAAAACCUUUUUUUAAGUCUUGUUAACUCUGCUUUUAGUAGAGGCUUUUGUAUAAAAACUAACUGAUCACUUGCAUUUGACUUUGAUGCUCUCAUUGCCCUGCCUUAAAAAUCAUUAAAUGUCAAAGAUUCAAAGCU